AAUUCCAGGUUACCGAGUUGGUUGUUAUUACUGCCUUUUCCAACAGGAAAAACUGCUUCCUGAAAUAGCAGCAGUGGAAUCUGAACAUAACCCUUCUGAAUACGUGGUCUGCUUCUUAGGAGGCUCUGAGAAAGGACUGGAGCUAUAUCCUUUCUUUGGCUUGAGUUGGACAAGUAUAUUCAAGGGCUGAAGAGUAACAUGAACUGUGAGGAAAGGAGCCUGGGGAGUGAUCUGAAGUCCUAUCUGAACAGCUGGUAUGAGGAUGUGCUGUGUCCGAUCCAAAGGGUGGUUCUUCUCUUUCAGGAGAAACUGACCUUUCUGCUACAUGCUGCUCUGAGUUACACUCCUGUUGAAUUUAAAGAAUCAGAUGAAAAAACAAAGAGAGACAUUAACAGGUUUCUGAGUGUCGCCAGUCUCCAAGGACUUAUUCAUGAAGGCACCAUGACCUCUUUGUGCAUGGCCAUGACAGAGGAACAGCAUAAGUCUGUGAUCAUCGACUGUAGUGGCCCCCAGCCUCAGUUUCACAAUGCAGGAAGCAACCGUUUCUGUGAGGACUGGAUGCAAGCUUUCUUACACAGUGCUGAGGGCGGCAACCCUUUUCUUUUCAGACAAGUCCUGGAAAACUUUAAACUGAAGGCUAUACAAGACACAAACAAUUUGAAGAGAUUUAUCCGGCAGGCAGAGAUGAAUCAUUACGCUUUGUUUAAAUGUUACCUGUUCCUUAAGAACUGUGGCAGUGGCGAUAUCCUUUUGAAGAUUGUUAAAGUAGAACAUGAAGAAAUGCCCGAGGCCAAAAGUGUGGUGGCGGUCCUUGAAGAAUUCAUGAGAGAAGCACUUGUCUGACAUUCUGGUCCCGAGUUGAGGAUCUGUUUCAUGGAGUAUCAUAUUGAGGGGCAUGUGAGGGACUGUAGUUACCAUUGUUUAUAGAUUGCGCUGCUCCUAAGGUGACUGGAAACACCCGCUUCUUCCUUUUGUGCUUUUUUGUUUAACUUACUUAAACACAACAAUCAGAGGGAUGUCUUCACCAGGUUCUAGGCAGAUGUCAUGUGUUACAACUGGAGUUUUACUGCCUUGCUAGUCUCUUAAAUCCUAAGCAUCAAACACGGGUCGCCUGAAAAGCUCUGGAGAUGAUAUUUGGCUACUUGGGAAAGCUCGCUGUAGUGUUUAGCAGGACUUCCUCUUCCAAAAGAAACACAGUAUGUCUUUCUCAGUACUUUGUAGAAGUGUUUGAAGCAUAGGAUCCUAGCGAGGUGUGCUGCUGCCUGUAAUCCCAGCUAAUCAGGAGGUUGGGCAGGAGGUUCUGAGGUUCCAGGCCAGCCUGAGCUCCAAAGUGAGUUUAUAUCCAGCCUGGACUACAUGGUAUCAUCAUCAUCCCAUCAUAGACAACCUGUUCAAUCUGUGAGUGCCUGAUGUAUAUCGAUGGUUGCAUGAAGGAUGAAACCAGCUUUUUAGGCAAAUAUACAAAUAAUGAGUGUAUAAGAAUUUAAAAAUGAGUUUUACAUAUAGAAGUUUGUAGGCUGCCGAGAUGGCUUAGAAGGUAAAGAAACCUGCCACCAAGUCUGACGACCUAUGUUCAAUCCCCAGUAUUCACAUGGUAGGAGAGAAUCAGUUUUACAAAUUCCCUCUGACCCAUACAUACCUGCAUACACAAUAGAUAAAUCUAUUAAGAAAUGGUGGGCUGGAGAGGCAGCUCAGCAGUUAAGAGCAUUGUUGCUCUCAGAGGAGCCAACACCUGCUUGGUGGCUCACAACCAUCUGUAACUUCAAUUUCAAGGGAUUUGACACCCUGUUCUGACCUCCUCAGGAUCAGGCACACAUGUAAUGUACAGAUAUACAUGCGGACAAAACAUGCACAUAAAAUAAUCUAAAACCAAUAAGGAAGAAAGAAAAGAAAGAGGAAGAGAAGAAAGGAAUAUACUAGCUUCAAGAUGAAACAUUCUCUCUGAUUAAAAAGCGCUUGUGGAAAUGGCCACAUUAUUUACAGGUAUUUACUCGCCCGGAGCCUUUAUUUUCUUCUUUGUUUUUAGAUGAAAGCGCUGGAGUUCUUUUUUUUUUUUUUUUUUUUUGGUUCUUUUUUUCGGAGCUGGGGACCAAACCCAGGGCCUUGCGCUUCCUAGGUAAGCGCUCUACCACUGAGCUAAAUCCCCAGCCCCAGCGCUGGAGUUCUUAAACAGUAUUAAGAAAAAGGAAGAGGGCUGGAGAGAUGGCUCAGUGGUUAAGAGCACCGACUGCUCUUCCUGAGGUCCUGAGUUCAAAUCCCAGCAACCACAUGGCGGCUCACAGCCAUCUGUGAUGAGAUCUGAUACAAAAUAAAUAAAUAAAUCUUUAAAAAAAAAAAAAAGAAAGAAAAAGGAAGAAAAACAGUAAAUAUAGGAAAUAUCCUUUACAAGCAAAUAUAAGAAUGCACUUGAGGCCAAAUGUGGUGAUUCAUGUCUUUGAAUGUAACCCUCCACGAGACAUAGGCAGUUGGAUCUCUGAGUUUAGGGACAGUUUGAUUUACUCAAUUACAUAGCACUCUUCAGGCCAGUCGGAGGUACACAGUGAGACUCUGUCUCAAUAAAUAAGAAAAUAAACAAUAUUUUUUAAAAAUUAAAAAUGUAAACAAAUUCUUCCCAUCACAGUUGCUCGUUGAUUUUAGAUUUUUGUGUCUGUCACAAGCCUCAGAUCAUUUUACCCUGAAUCAAUUGCAAGUGAGUAGUCAUUUCUAAUUCCCAUGGCUGCCAGCUGCAGCCACACACAUAGCUGUUCUGCAUAGCUCUUUAAUAAAUCCAUUUGAUAAUGAUUUUGGUUUAUAAAAUCAGGAGACUGCCUUGGGGAUGCUGUCUCAGAGGAGCAUGCGUCUGUAAAACGGAGACACUCUUGACUGCUUGUCAGCCCUUCUGGGAGCGGGGUUCUGGCCUUCAGAGUGACUGGUGGUGGCUCUCUGCCUUCACCCCACCAUCGCCAUCAGUCAGUUAGGGACAUGACUCACCAUGCCCUUUCUCUUUCUUUAAUGAGAAAUACAAUUCAGGGUCUUCAUAAAUGCUUUCAUCUGGCUUUAAAGUUUAAUAACUUGGAUUAUAGGCAGUAUAGGAAAGAAUGUAAGUAGCAUUUUUAUAGCUGAUGGCUGGAUAGUCAGCAGCUCUGUGGCACUUUUCUUGAAUCUUUUCCUAAUGCACUUGCUGCCCACUUGGAAAUCAUUAAAAAUGAGCAACUUUAGGACAUUGAGAUUUUGAAUCCAUAAAAUAAUAAUUUUAUUUUCAAACUCACAAUCAGGAGUGUAGCAAAUGGAACUCAAAAAAUAAGUGUAGGGGCUGGGGGCUGGGGGGAGUAGCUUAGGGUAAAGUACUUGCUGUGCAAGCUCGAGGACCUCAGUUUGAUUUUCAGAACCUACAUACAAAAGCCAGGCAUGCUAGCUUGUGCUUGUAACCCCAGCACUGGGGAGGAAGACAGUCUUUACUGCCCAACCUAGCUGACUUGGUAAGCUUCAGGACAGCAGAGACCUCAUCAGAAAACAAAUGGGGAAAAAAAAAUAGCUCAAUGGAUAAAGGCCCAAACCACCCAAUCUGACGCCUGAGUUCUCUCUCCAGACCCAUGUGAAGGUGGAGGAGAGCCCACUCCUGCAAGCUGCUCUCUCACUCUCUAAAUGCUUCCCUCAAAGCUAACUCUUUUUUUUUUUUUUUUGGUUCUUUUUUUUCGGAGCUGGGGACCGAACCCAGGGCCUUGCACUUCCUAGGCAAGCGCUCUACCACUGAGCUAAAUCCCCAACCCCUCAAAGCUAACUCUUAAUUAACACACAGGAAAACAAAAGGUGAUGCUCCUGAGGAUUGACCUCUGACCUCCAAAUGUCUACACACACAAAUAACAGUAUACGUAAUAAUAAUUAAGAACAAAAGCAAACGCAGCUGGCCGUGGUAGUGCACACCUUUACUUCCAACACUCAGGAGGCAGAGGCAGCUGGUGGACAGAGUAAGUUACAGAACAGCCAGGGCUACACAGAGAAACCCUGUCUUGAAAACCAAAACGUGGGUUGGGGAUUUGGCUCAGUGGUAGAGCGCUUACCUAGGAAGCGCAAGGCCCUGGGUUCGGUCCCCAGCUCCGAAAAAAAGAACCAAAAAAAAAAAAAAAAAAAAAAAAAAAAAAGCAGCUGCAUUAAAUCACUGGUGGAUACAGGAACACCAUAAGUCUCUAUUCUUUGCUUAUUCGUAGGUACUCACUUCUUUGUAACGUAGGCCUGCUACAGUACACAAUUGUAUAUAGUAGUCUCGUGUUUAAGAAGAAUCUGCAAACUCUGUACCACUAUUAAAGACAAGAAAAAAAGAUGUCAUGGAAUUGAUUAUCUUGUUGAUAUGAAAAAACAGCUCAUAAUCAUAAACCUAUGCUGUAUUCAAAUCUAAAUAAGUAAAUGUAUUAAAUUUUAAAGGCUUGGGGAUAGGGGCUGGGGGAGCACCUUCUCAGAGGCAAAGAAGAGGGGAGAUAGGGCAAAGAUUCUAGGAGGGGGUACUGGGAGGGGGCAACGUUUGAAAUGUAAAUAAAAUAAUAAGGGCUUAAAAAGUGUUUGUUCAGAUGUGAAAUAAACUUGUGCUUGUGUGCAAUGCAUAGGAAAUAUGUUUGCCUUGUAUCAAAAUGUAUAUUUGUAACAAUAAAACAAAGCUUCUAGUCAAGGCAGAUAUUUUACCUAA